AUGGCGGAGCGCGGACGCAUUUUCUCGUACCUCCGUCUCUUGCUUUGCGCUGUGACUAUCCUCGAGCUCCGUCGUGUCUCACCUACCACGCCGAGACAUGGCGAUCACUUUGCCGACCACGGUAUUACGUGGCCUGCCCGGAUCCCCGACGCUGCUCGCGCUCAAGACUCGCUUGGCCACUGGCUAAGCACUAAGCCUAAAGCUGCGCUGGUCCGCUCCAUCUGCGUCCGCCAACCACAGAUCGUCUUGCUGCUGCUUCUUGCUGGUGAUGUGUCAUCAAAUCCCGGCCCCUGUCCCAGUUGCCUUCGUUGCGGCCGGUCCGUCUACGAGAACGUUGCUGCAUUGCAGUGUGAUAAGUGCGACUCCUGGCUCCACCGAAAGUGCGAACUGCUCUCCCUGCACUCCUACAGACGCCUGUCGUCGUCGGAGGAGGAAUGGUAUUGUGGUGCGUGCCAACUCCCAGCUUUUGACGAUGAGCUGUUCCCCACAUGCCCUACGCCUGCAUCUCGGGGCUCUGACCCGACCCGCGAUCCAGUGAUUGCCAACGCCACGCCGCAUGGGCAGCCUCAAGCCAACCUUGCGGUAUGGUUUUCGAACGUCCGUUCUGUUAAGAACAAACUGCUCGAUUUUCAAGCGCUCGUUGAAUCCUCUGGAGAUACAGUGUUUGCUCUCUGCGAGACGUGGCUCGACCCCUCAGUGCCAGAUGGGUUACUUGUUGACACUGCUCGACAUGUGGUACACCGGAAGGACCGUGCAAGUCGUAGUGGCGGUGGAGUUAUGUUUGUUGUCCCUCGACACUUGAUCUGCCGGAGGCGUCAAGACCUUGAAGUUGCUGGCCUUGAGGCUCUCUUCAUUGAAAUUGCCCACAAACGAGGGAAGGUGCUCUUCGGCUGCGUGUACUGUCCUCCAUCUACCCGAGUUGCGGCCUAUCACCUGCUUAAUGAUGCUCUGGAGCGUGUCGUUGUAAGCUCCUAUUUAAAUGUUUGCACACUUGGUGAUUUUAAUGCCCACAUCGACUGGACAGACAUAACAGCCCCCGUCCCGUUGGCACCAGAUGAUGACACACUCCUGGACAUGAUGGAAUCAAAUGGACUUGUUCAGCUUUGUGACGAGCCAUCGUACUACUCGAGUGCAAAGAAUGCCUCUUUUCUGGAUCUGGUCUUCACCACAAACCCGGCCCUCAUCUCCACCUGUUCCCUGGAGCCCAGCCUCGAUGGGUCUGACCACAAAGCUAUACAUCUGGAGAGCCUCCUGUCGCUUCCCAAGUUUGGACGGUAUGCAAGAAGGGUCAAGUUGUUCUCUCAGAUGGAUGUCGCCCACCUCACCAAUCUUGUGCAUCUCGCUCCAUGGAUAAUUGCCAUAAACGAGCCGUCGGCAAGUGACUCGUAUGAUAUCUGGCUCGACCUCAUCAGUGCAAUAGAAAAGGAAUGUGUCCCCGUCAAGAACAGCACUGGACGGCGGAGGUCUCCCUGGAUAACAGAGAGCAUCAUUCAGCUUGCUCAAAAGAAGCGCAAACUCUUCAGACGGGCAAAGAAAACUAACCACCCGCGCCACCUCAGUAUGGCACGGCAAGCCUAG